AUGGAAAUCCUGGCUAGGGAAAUCCUGGCUAGGGAAAUCCUGGCUAGAAUCCUUGCUGAGAAAUCCAAGCAUCAUCUUUUUAAAUUCCAUUGGAGAUGUGAGAAGACUAAGAUUGUUAAUUUGUGCUUUGCUGAUGAUUUAAUGAUAUUCAGCAAAGGGGAUGCAUCUACUGUUCAGAUGAUUAUGCAUGGGCUUGAGGAGUUCAAGAAUCUUUCGGGUCUUACUCCUAGUGCUGCCAAGAGUAACAUAUUUUUCUGCGGGUGUGACUCUAGUCUUAGGGAGGAAAUUCUCAAGAUUGCAAAUUUCAAGGAAGGUACCCUCCCUGUCAAGUACUUGGGUGUUCCCUUAAUCACCACUAAGUUGAGAGCAUUAGAUUGCCAGCAGCUUAUUGAUAGGAUCACUAACCGUAUUAAGAGUUGGACCAAUAAGGCCCUCUCUUAUGCUGGUAGAGCUCAGCUUAUUCAAACCAUCCUGUUCUCCAUGCAAGUCUAUUGGUCCUCGUUGUUCAUCCUCCCUAGGAAGGUUGUUAGAGAAAUUGAAAAUUUACUUAGAGCCUUUCUUUGGUCCGGGGUUGAUCUGAAGAAGCAUAGUGCGAAGAUUGCUUGGGAUAAGGUUUGUGCUCCCAAGUCUGAAGGUGGUCUGGGUUUUAAAUCUCUGGAGGUUUGGAAUAGAGCUGCUAUUGCCAAACAUAUUUGGUUCCUUUUCUCGGGGGGUGAGAAGUCAAUGUGGUGCCAAUGGGUUAAGUCUUACUUACUCAAAGGAAAAAGUUUUUGGAAAGUCCCUGUUCCUAGUGACCCUUCUUGGGUCUGGAGGAAGAUUCUUUCUCUUAGGAAGUCAAUAUUUCCUCUCAUUGUCCACAAAAUUGGGAAUGGUAAUGCUACCUUUUUGUGGUAUGAUAAUUGGCAUCCGGUGGGCUCUAUUUGGGACAAAUUUGGGAAUAGGAUUAUCUAUGAUUCUGGUCUCUCUAGGGAGGCUAAAGUGAGCAAUAUUGUUAAUGGGGAUUCCUGGCACUGGGAGAUGAGACAGCUUAUAUCGUUGACCCCCCCUUCUUUUAAACCCAGAUCUUAUGUUAAACUGAUAUCGUUAAGCUACAAAUAUUCAGUAAAUUCUAUUUCUCAGUGGCUAUGCAAGAUUAGGUUGAGUUAA